AAGCAGCACAAUGUACUGGAAGUCGAGUGCAAUAGGGGUGGACGGUAUGUGCCUUAUCAAUGUUCUUUAGUUUCAACAGUAUGUUCAAGGCCUUCCACCCACCCGUCCACCCCUAUUGCACUCGACUUUCAGUACGUUGUGCUGCUUGGGUAAACAUACCACGAUAAGGGUUUGCCAACAUCGCGUAUGACGUUUUCCUGUGACGUUAAGAGAGGGCGGAGAUAUAGACGUCACCGUCGAUCUUUUGGCCAUCACUUUCUGUUUCCAGCGGACCGCCGAGGUGAAAUACUUGGGUCUAUAGCACGCGCUGAGAUUACUUUAGUGCUUUAAUAUUGCAGUUGCAAUGUGCUCCCUAAAGUCAAUAAUUAAAAAGUUGAUUAAUAUAUCUCUGUUUAUUAGUCUUCUAAUUGAGCAAGAAUUUGAUUUCCUAGUAGCAGCCCCGCCGAGUAAUCCAAUAACACAAGUAAAACCGCCCUAAGGCAACUCCUAUUCCUAUGAAAAUUUGUUGCAGAUAAAAGGAAACACCCAUACCGUUUUCCCGUUCCUGGAAUGCUUCAUUCAAUGAGUGAGGUUAUGUUUCGCGGGUUUCGGUGUCAAAAAUGUAGUGAAAGGACCCAGGAAUGAUAAUGAACAGCUUUAAUGAAUGCAGAAUAGCUACACUACACUCAACAAGCGCAAGGAUCUUCUUCUUCCUCUUCUUCGAAACAGUGGUGUAGAGCUUAUUGGUCUGGCAUGGAACGGUACGGAGGGCUCCAGGGUAAUGUUGCACACAUCAAACGGACACUCAAACUUCGUACAGAGAGAAGCAGCAAAAACAGGGAUCGAAACCUGAGAUGAAUACUCAAAAAGUGAACACACGCAGUACGCUGGAACGAAAGACACGAACACGAAACCGCGACGCCUCCUCACCCGCAUUUGUUUUCAGCCAGUAGGAGACGACAUUCGAGAGAGCGCCACAUCUCACGCAAAUGGUCCCCUAUUAACAGAUCCGAUUAGAAGGAGGAUGUAGAUCAGAUAUUGCCCUCACACGUUCCAAGAAAUAAACCAGCCAUUACGUACCCUACGACUUCUUCACAGUUCAGUUCAAAAAUCCUAUGUUCGUUGAGAUUGAUCAGCAUAGCAAAUCUGCAUUAUCGAUUUUUUUUUACCUUAUUCUGCUCUGAUGUGUUUGAAGUGCACGCUAUUGUAUCUUACAAUGGGCUGUAUUUCCCUAAACGUUGUAACUUUUUCUUUAUUCCACCUGUCUGGAGGAACUGGAGCUGCAACUUUCCUGACCUACAUAGCUACAAAGUGGACAGCUCAUAUUCUUUCGCACACAGCAGAACAGAGGAGCUGAUUUAGAACCAUCUCCGGUUUCAAGAAUCCCAACUGAGGAAACUUUACGAGCUCCUCAGCGAAGACGCCACCGCCAUCGGCACGACCGCACAAAGAUCGACCGUGGCGAGACCUCAAGGGUCACAGUCGGGUUUAUGGAAAAGUGCGAUGAAUAUGCCCGUCGCUGCUUCAAAAAGAAGUAUAGUGAGAGCAUGUGCUGCGGUUAUAAUAAGAAAGCUGUCCGUCCACUUGGCUCGCAAAGCGUUUCCGGUAGCACCGCGGAGGUUCUCGCUAUGGUGAGUGGCGUGUAUUGUGAAGCUGCUUCCAAGAAACUCAAACGCACGUUGCAAUAUUCAACGCGCACUGAAGGAGGCAGCGGCGACCUCAUGGGAAGCCUAGUGCGCAUCUCCAUUCACCAACGAAACGAAAAAGAAAGAAAGAAAGAAAAAAAUAGCGACGCGACAAGUACUCACACGUUUCAUUUCGCACAUGGUUCUGUUCUUGUUCGUGUGCCGGAUUGGUACUCAGAAGAAACGUCCCUAGGAUAUUGUGACGGAAAAAGGCUCUUGAAAGAAGUAAAAGGUGAGAAUCUCACAACGACAUCGACAUCAACCAAGAGGAGUCGCUAUACGUUCUACAGACACAGGUGUGUUUGCAUUUACCUGUGCCGCAAGCAACCUGAAUGAGCGAGAAGGAGAAGCCAAAUAAGGGAGGCUUGAAGAAAAAGAAAAGUAAGAGCAAGGAAGGAAAGUCUAAGGAAGCGAAGGCCAAAAAAGCUGCAGCGAAGCCACCCAGUUUAGCACCAGUUGAAGAGCCAAAGAAGAAAAAGUCGAAGAAGAAGAAAAAGAAAGGUAAGAAAAGUAAGAAAUCGGCAGAAGAUGAUCAGAGUCCCGUGGCGCCUGCGCCAACAGUGCCCGAGCAAGCGGCGCAAGAAGCAGAACCUGAGGCACCAACUGUGAAUAUCCCGCCGGAGAAAGCACCUGAAGCGGAAGGGUCUCCGGUUGGGGUAAGCGCACCGUACAGUGGAUUUCAAGCGCCGCCUGCUGCAACUACACUGCUUGGUCAAGCUCCUGCGCGAGUGUCUCCACCUCUAGAUCCAAAGCCUGUGUAUGGCGCAGCAUCAACGCCUGGAACACGCCCUAUUGUCUGGAGCAGCAAAUUUAUUGCAUCCGUGCCCUCACCUUUACCGGCUCUUGAAACUCCCCAGCCGAGACAUGCUACCCCUAGUCCCCCCGCUACGAUUCUGGACUCUGCAGGUAAGGUUUCCUUUGCCGACGCUCCGCAAUAUUCUCCGUCUCCAGUGCUACAGCACCAAGCCAGGUCCAUCCAGAGUCCAGUUAGCGUACCGCAGACAUCGCCACUGCCUGGUCCCUACGAACAGCAAUACAGGAUACCGAGCACUUCCACAGAAGUGCCACAGACCGCAUCCAACCUUCAGCCGAUGCAACAAGAGUCUUACAGGGAGCAAGGAGAAGUGUAUUAUCAUGAACCGUACAAUGUAAUUUCAGACACUUCUGUGUGGAGGCAACAUCCAGUGUACGAAAUGGAUCAAAUAGAAUAUCCCGUAACGCAAGAUGCACUAUGGCAGUCAGAAUAUUCGUCUCCUCUCGCUUCAACUCCUGAGCUUGUGUGGCAGUCGCGUGGAAACGAAUACACAGUCAUUUGGGCGCCAGAACAGAGGCAAAGCAUUCCUUCACAAUCCAUAAUUGUAUCGAACCAUCUGUGGGAACCGGGGCAGGAUAUAAUACUGGAAGAAGCAACAUUUCCACAGACUGAAACGUUUAUUAGAGCACCAGCGAACCCCAGCAGGGCAUCGAUGGCACAUUCAGAACAGAUGCCCGUUGAGUAUGCUACCGUAUGUACUGAGCCCCGGUUCGGAUGGAGACAACCUGGAACCACAUACCUGGCGCCUACCGCCUUGCAGACGCGACCAGUAGUACAGACUCGACCGCUGCGACCUGUUUUCGUAAGGCCAGCGCAGCGUCAAACGUGGGUAGGAGACACUUCGACGCGUCCCAUCGCUUCAUCAGUUAACCGUCCAGCGUGGUCUCAGCAGCAACUUCCUUCAACGCCAGAAGUUGCUUCUUACCAAGAAAUGAUUGGAGGGCCUUUCUGGUCCCGAUCAGCAACAUCCCUCCUGGAACCAAGGCGUCCACAACCACUCAGGUCUCGGACAAUACUGCGGCCACGAAUUUCAAACAUUCAAGUACAACCACAAGUGCACAGAGCAGCUCAUCAACCAAUUCAGCAGCCUGCAAGAAUUAAACACGCGAAAAUAGUACAGCCACCUUGGAAGUCUGUUUUCACCCCUCCUCUACCUCUCUCACCAGAACCGGGUUACUUCUCUUUGCCACGUCUUUCUGUACCAUAUAGAAUGGGCACACCUAUCGUGCCUCCGACAGUGUCGCAAGCCAGAGAGGCUGCGUACAUCGAACUAACUUCACCUUUACUCAACGUUGUUCCUCCACCCGCACCGAUCCGCACGCCGAUCCGCACGCCGAUCCGCACGCCUUUAUACACUGGAAGUGGUGCUACUACACCGUAUCAGCGUUCCGUUACGCCUCCCAGGGAACGUGAGCUCCGUGUAAUCAGAAGCCCACAGCCUGGACACUCAUUCACAUCAAUUCCUCUAUACGGGGAUGACAUAUCACAGGGUACAACGUCACCAUUGAUGGAGGUGCAAGACACUGAUUGGUUAGAUGCACAGUCCAGUCGAUGCAGUCCACCCACUCCGGCAGAGGGCUAUUACACACCGCGUCAGCAACAAGAAUAUAUGGAUCAAAGUAUUUACACGACACCGGGAACUCCAUACUCGCCAUCAGUAAUGCAGGAAUCGUCGUCAUAUGAAGGGCUUUCAGAAACCUCAUUAUAUGCAUCAACUGAAAGUAGUCCAAGGUCUGACGUUACAGGAAGGCACACUCCGUCCACCGAACGCGUGGACAUCGAAAGCCACGAAUUCAUCGCCCAGUUCAAGCCAGUCAAGCCCGCUGUCCCAACAGUGUCGAAGCGAGAACUUUCUCCUGACGUACUCGAUAACUACGGGAGCCCAUCCCUCAACACGGAAUCUCGAAUGACUGCGGCAGUGAGGCGACUUCGCUUCGCCGCUAAGAUGGCUGACAAUUUACGGAGUGCAUCUCACGCUGUACGACAGCUCGAGUAUCUGACGGAGGAAGAACAGAAUAAGAGAGACCGCGUAUCCGCCGACCUUCUCCGCCGAGCGGCUCUGGCAAGCCAAGAAGCACACGCUGCUUCCAUAUCUCUUGUGGAAGCUAAAGCAGCUGCAGACCGGGCUCGGCAGGACACUUCCGGCGAUUACGACAGCGUUCUCGAAAGCCAGACGAUUAGGAGCAUGCCCAGAGCGUUUUCGGUGGAAUGGCACGGUGACUCUCAAACGUUCUCUUAUAUGGCCACCAAUAAUGAAAUUCCAAAGCACAAUGACGCAGAACAAGAGACAUCGCAAUUCGCUUUCGGUGUUAGCGUCGCUCGUGAGGAGUCUCGGUGGAAUACAGUUGGAGCUUCAGAGGAAGGACGCACGGAAGCACUCGCUAAGUCGUCGCCUCCUAAGCGCGAAGAGGCGGAGACCUUCCAAUGUACGAACUGUCAUGAAGUUCUGAGCGCUGAAGAAGCUUUCAUGCAGUCACCACAGGGGAAAGAACAUGGUGAAAGAAAGCCUUUUUGCGACAGGUGCUAUCUUGAGACGUGUUUCCGACAAACUAAGGUCGGUAGUAAAGAGUCAGAAUCACCUCUGAAGUCGGAAAUUGCGGGUUCAACAGCACAGGUGGCUUCUCCGCCGCAGGUGGGUGGUAUUUUUGCUGGCAAAGAAGUGGAGGAAGGACUAGCAGAAGAAGCGAACGAAACCAAAUAUUACACUGCCCCAGAAAAUAUCGUGUCGUCUCCAGAAGACCAAUAUCGUACAGCAGCGGAAUCAUUCCUUCCUACUCCUGGCACUGUAACGAAGCCUCUAAGAGCGACAGAAAGCCUUCCUUUGGGGCACACUCCCGUGCGCAAUCUUCAAGACAUCAGCAUGGAUAUAGAGCGCCGUGUGUUGUCUCUUGGCGACAUUCACAGACCCGCAGUGACGGGCGGUGCCAUUGUAGACUCUGGCGUCGCUUUGAGCGGUACAGUCCUUGGUGGAGAAGCGGAUCAAUUAAUCAAUGUUCCAACCCCCGUACCGCAGCAUGCACUAGAGGCUGCACCUCUGGAAGUGUUGCGCGACGUACAUGACGAGGCACCGAAACAAGCUGAAUCUUCUCAUGCAAGUGAGGAACACAUUCAUAAUGCUGCAGACGCUGCUACAGAGGCCGAGGAAGCCUUGAUGAAUUUGGAAUCUACGGUGACGCUGUACCCAGAAAGUGCAAUGGUCUGCAUCCUGGCUAUAUUUUGCUUGGUGUGGAUCUGUUUUCUGUUAUGGUCAACAUCUGUGCACCACAAACCGGACUUCACAAGCGAAACUCCGAGCAACGUCACCAAGCAAACACAAACGACAAGCGUGAAUCUCAGUACGUCCACUUCGCCCGGGUACACAGGUACUUCUCCAGGUGCACAGUCUACGGCUACUCCAACUCCCUCACCGUACAUUUGCAAUACGACUUUCUGCAUCGUGGAAGCAAAUUAUUUGAAAUCUAUCCUUGGCACUGAACCUUGCAGAAACUUCUAUGAUUAUGCUUGCCUCAAAGUGGACGAUUCACGCACGCCUCAUUUCGGAGUGUCCAUUUCAGCAGACACCCUUCUAGUAAGGGACUUAAACAGAAGAGCUCUGAAUCAUAUUCGUAAUAAAACCAUACUUGAUAUGCAAAUCACCCGAGAUAUGCUGAACGACUGUGAAAGCAGUGUCCCUCUUGCUAGUGCCCUCGAAAUGGACCGAUUACUGAGGUCAUAUCAGCCGUCCAGUGGCUCAUUUCAAACUAGAACCGUGAAUGCGAAUGACGCUUGGACAACAGCAGGCCGUAUAAUGAAAGAUUUUGGCAUUGCCGCCUUCAUCAAGGUUACAGUUGUUCCCAAUCCAACAGUUCCAGGCGCCGAUGUCAUAACGAUCGACCCGCCUGACCUAUUGUUCAUGGAAGGCGAUGGUAAUCUCGUCUUACAAAAGAUCGGGCAGUCCAUGGAAAACUUUCUGGUUUUUAUGAAUUUCACCUCAAAUAAAGACUAUGUUGUCCAAAGCGUCGUAGACAUGUCUAGUGCGCUCGCUCCAGCGCGGCCUAAAAAACAUCAGGAACGUACAGCUUUCGUGCCCAUAACUAAUCUACCGCCCGGUGUCCUAACAAUGCUACAAACCUUUUACAGCAAGUCUCUUCCGCCAAGUGUGCUCUUUCGCUUUGAAAACUUUUUAGGCCCCAUCACUCAAGCAGUUGAUCAGAAUCCUGGUGCUGCGGUAAACUAUCUCUUAUACCGUGUGCUACUCUUCUACGCACCAUAUCUCAACAAUGCCGAACUUGCCGAACUCUUCCCUCUUACAUUUGAAGAACCCCCAGCACAGCUAGCAGAAGAAUGUUCAAGACUCGUUGAACGCGUAAUGCCAGUCGUGUACAUGCGUGCGUUGCAUAUAGAGGUCGGAUCUUUGACACUGUCUAAGUUUUGGGCUUUACAAGUUGAAAGCAAGUUUAUUCAAGCGAUACCAAGGAUGUCAUGGCUGUAUCAAUACGCUGGAGGUCCCGAUACUGUGGACGCUCAAAUGGCAAAGUCUAAAAUUCAACAGACACGAGUGAGCCACUUCUUUCCUCGUCGUGCUACGCAUAGUACGCAGUGGACGAACUACUACAAUGACCUAACAAAUGUGAUCAGCAAGGCGAUGGGGCCCUUGGAACGAGUGAGGGCAGCUUCUCAGUUCCAUGGAAGAAGGGACUACUCAGCGCUCGCAGUAGAGGUCUGUCCGGAAUUGUGUGCCGUACUUCCGAAUCCGCAAGUUCUUCUUCGUGCCUAUUGGAGUCCUCAACGUCAAUGUUCCACAAAACUCUAACAUGUUCGUCUUCCAAAUCGCUCGGUUCGGAGCCCGUAUUUUUCGAAGCCUGUUGACUUUGUUCCGCUCGGAUAACAGCAGCAUGCCUGGUGACAUACCAUUCACGCAUGAAUACGAACAGAGAUGCAAUGCGCUGUACAACUGUCUGGAAGAUGACCAUCGCAAUAUGCCUGGGUCCCUCAAGAGCGGUUUCAUGGCGCAGCCUGACGGUAAGAAGAUGUUCGAGGAAACUGUGAGUGCUAUCCUGGCACACCAGACUUUUCAAGAGCUACUCAAUACAAAGAGGAUCUGGGGUGUUGACUUCAGGCUGCCUGGUUUGGAGUCCAUGUCAUCGGACCAGCUCUUCUUUGUGUACUUUGCUUUGGACAACUGCAACAAAGGCGACGACGUUUCAUAUAGACGGAAGAAACGGGUUCCUGCCCAAGAUCGUGUCAAUGCGGUGCUCAGACAAAGCACGGCCUUCGCCGGUGCUUUUAACUGUGUAACGGGUGACGCUAUGAUCGCUACAAGCAUGUGCAAUUUAGUAGCCCUUUGAGAGCGUCGCGCUCUAAAUAUGUGUCACGUAUUCUAAGGCAAUACUGCGUAAUUUUUAACUUGGAACGUCGAUGUUGACAAUGCGCCAAUGAACUACGCAAGAUAUUACUCAUUCAUUAGAAAGAAUAAAGCACAAAUAUAAGUA